AUGACUUAUAAUCUAGAUACAAAAUCAUUCCUCAAUGCCUUUUAUCGAAUGGUGUAUAGAAGAGGAUUACCAUUAGAAGUUUUAACGGACAAUGGAACAAAUUUUGUUGGAGGAUGUCGAGAACUAAACGAAGUUGUCAAUGACUUAGAUAUGGAUAAAAUUACUAACUCUACAGCUGAUAAAGAAAUCAAGUGGCACUUUAAUGCUCCGCAAGGAUCUCAUCUUGGCGGUGUAUUUGAAAUAAUGGUCAAAGCUGUUAAACGUGCAAUGACUGGGAUACUCAAAAAAGCCGAUAUUACAGAUAAAGAACUCUGUACGGCAUUUACAGGUGCUGAGAGUUUAUUGAACUCUCGCCCACUAACAUAUCAGAGUGCCAAUAUAAAAGAUGAUAUUCCAUUAACUCCAAAUCAUUUUUUGAUUGGGCAAGUUGGUGGACAAUUUGCACCUGACUCAGUUCAAUCUAAAGGCUAUCAUCCUAAAAAGCCCUGGCGUCAAGUGCAAGAACUACUAAGUCAUUUUUGGAAACGUAUUGUAUUAGCAGUAUCCAAUCGUUCUUUAAGAGCGGUUCUCUCCAAAGUUAAAUCUUCUGAUGAAAUAUAUAUGAAAUUUAUGCCUUCAAUGUUGUCAUUGCAAUAUUUAUACAUUGUUUGUGGAGAUAAAAUAUUACCCAUAUCUCUUUUCAAACUUGCUAGUGUUGCUAGACGUUUGACUGUACCACCUAUCACAUCACAAUGUUGCUUACCGUGA